GCGGUGGCCGCGCGCGCCGAGUGCCCCUGGCCGCGAGACAUGGCAGACCUGCACGGCUCGUGCGUCUGCGCUUACAACGCCGCCACCCAGCUCUCCGUGCAGUGCCAGUUCGUCGACUUCAGCCGGCUGCUGGGCGCGCUGCGGGCGGCCAUCCCCAACCAGGAGCUGGACCUGCUGUACGUGACCAAUAGCACCAUCGCCAGUUUGCCCAACAACGUGUUCGCCAACAUCCCCGUGCAGAACAUCCAGUUCUCCGACUGCGACCUGGAGGCGAUCGCCGACGGCGCGUUCUCGGGGCUCGAGUCGCGGCUGCGCAACAUCAACCUGGCCGGCAACAGCCUGACGGAGGUGCCGACCGGCGCGCUGCAGAAGCUGAAGCGACUGCAGUUGGUCGACCUCUCCAAGAACCGCAUCACGCUGGUGCCCGACGACGCGUUCAAGACGCUGUCGCUGCAGACGCUCAAGCUGGCCGACAACAACCUGACGGUGAGCGCCGACGCCUUCAGCGGCCUCGAGAAGACGCUCAAAAACCUCAAUCUGAAGGGCACGGGCCUGCGGACGCUGCCGGACGGCAUCGAGCGCCUCUCCAGCCUGGCCUUCCUCGACCUGGCACAGAACAGCAUCACGCAGCUGCCGCCGCGCGCCUUCGCCGGCCUCGAGUCGCUGACGGCGCUCAACCUGGAGCGCAACCUCAUCCAGGUGCUGGACGGCACCGUGUUCGAGGGCGUCAACAACACGCUCAGCUCUCUCAGUUUGCUCAACAACCUGAUCGCCGACUUCCCGACCGAGGCCAUGGCCAUCAUGGGCCGGCUGCGGGUGCUCGACAUCGGCUUCAACCUGCUGACGCAGCUGCCGAAAGACUGCCUGCUGGCGAUGCGGUCGCUGACGCUGCUGGCACUGGACGGCAACCCGCUGUCUACGCUGCCCGAGGCGGCGUUCGAUCACCUACGCGCCACACUGCGCGGCCUCAGCCUGGGCGGCCGCUUCCUGACCUGCGACUGUCGCAUCCGCUGGAUCGCCCGCUGGAUCCGCGACACCGACCUGCAGGUCACCAGCAGGGAGCGCAACCCGCAGUUCUGCGGCAGUCCGCCCGAGUUCCGCGACCGCACCUUCUACCAGCUGAACGCCGAGGAGUUCGUCCUCAUCUUCAAACCAGAGACGUUCGCCGGCGCCGGCGGCGCCGCGUCGCGCAGCAGCCCGUUCGGCGAGGAGGUGCGCGUGCAGGACGCGUACCGUCGCGGCAGCGCCGUCGUCAUCCAGUGGGAGUCGGACGUGCCCAACAUCCUCGGCUUCCGCGUGGUGUACCGCCUGUUCGGCGACGACAUGUUCAAGCAGGGUCCGCCGCUGGCGCCCUCCGAGAAGGAGUUCAAAAUCAAGAACGUGCCCAGCCAGGAGUGCAUCGUGGUGUGCGUGGUGUCGCUGGAGGACAUCGACAUCUCGCCGGAGACGGUGCCGCCGCGCCAGUGCCGCGAGAUCCGCACCGACGCCGCCGCGCCCACGCACAUGGACACAUUCGUGAUCGCGGCCAGCGCCGCCAUCUGCGGCACCAUCAUCAUAGCCGUGGUCGUGUUCGUCUGCUGCAACCGACGGCGCGCCGCCGACCGCAAGCAGCCGCUGCCGAGCGUGCUGCCGGCCACGCCGGCGCCACCGCUGGCCAGCAUGGGCACGCUGCGAGGCGCCAAGGACUGGGACCAGCUCUCCAUGUACAGCCACCGCAGCAUCCCACGCGCCCGCAUGUACCACAUGGACAGCAAGGGCGGCGCCGGCAGGGACGCCUUCUUGGCCGACGAGGUGCGCUCGCAGGCGUCGCGCGCCUCCUGGCGACGCCGCAGUCUGGCCGACGGCCAAUCGCUGCGCAGCUACUCGGCCAUGUCGGGUCACUUCCCGGCGCACAGCGGCGGCGGCGCCGGCGGCCCGGGCCUGGCGCUGCCCCGACCAGGUUCGGCCAGCUCGUCGCGGAGUUUGUGGCAGGAUGCCUUACUUAGUGACCUGUGCGGGCCGCAGCAUGACAUACCCCUUCGGCGGCCGUCGGCGUCGCGCGACCGCUCCGCCUCGCGGCUCUCCAGCCACUUCACCGACGACACGGACGGCUGGACCGACCACGACAUGGACAUCUACAUGGCGGCCAACGCGACGGCGCGCGGCAGCAGCCUGGUGCAGCUGUGAACGGCGUCGGCCGCGGGCGCCGGUUCGGCCCCAGCACUAGUCGCCGGUGACAUCAGCGGAUGACGUCAUCCGCUGACGUCAGCAGCCGCCGGCGCCGACCGGUGGGGCGCUCGGAAGCUCAUGACACGGCGGGGUCGCGAGCGCACCGUCGCCGGCCCCGAGCCAAUAGAUGACGGCCGGCGCGCCCGACGGUGACGUCACGGACUCACCCCUAACUCACCAAUAUGCAUCUCGCCCCGGUGAUCCACAAACAGAGGGCAGCGAGCCCCGCGAUUCAUCAGUAUACAACGAGCAGCCAUACCUGCACCAGGACAGUAGCUACGCAGAGGCGGCCGGGCGGGAAGAGCCCGCACCGCGUCAGGCGUCAGUAAACGGCGCGCGAGCGGCGUACUUAGCUCGGUGGGUGGACGGUUGUUGAUAGCGCGCGUACAAUGAGUGCUGCUGCUGAGCGUGUGACAGGGCGUCUGUCGCAAGUGAAACUGCCGCCGCGAACUGAGCGCCCGCGGAGGGCGGGUCCGCCACCUCCAGGUGCGCGCGCCGGGGGCACUGGGCACGUGCUGCCGCCCACCCCUGUGAUGUGAUCCGUGUGUGUGCGUGUGUGUGUGCGUGUCUGUACUGCUGUCGGCGGGGAGCCGUCCGGCUCACACCGCCGGCCCUCCUCACGGACCGUGCCGCCCAGCUCGUCAACGGACGACCCCAGCGCUCAUACCAUGUCUCAAUAUAUGCUCGAGA